GCCCAGCCCUCCCCUUCACCACCGCCCCCUCCCCUCCCCUCUCCCCGCUCCAGAUCGUCCACAUUUUCUGCCGCAUCUCAAGGGCUGAUUGAUUAGCCCUGGAAGCUGCGUUCGUCCCCAUCAGGUACUCGGUUGGGUUGAACCUGCUGUCCCGACCUCCGCCCGACGCCUUCUGGACUCUCGACCAGGCUCAUGGGAUACCUGUCCAUGCCGGCCACUUUACCUCGUGGAUGACUCCUGCUUAGACCAGAGGGUUUUCCGACAUCUCUGGCAAUUUGAUUUUCGACAGACAAAGGUAGAGGACGAAGAAGAACGUCGCGUGGCGACCACCCUCAAAUGGCCCGCUCACGGCAGCCGGCUCGGUUUUCGAGCGAAGCUCCCUCCGAAUCCUCCUCCGCCACCUCCCCCGAUCGCACCGUCGACGACGAUACCGACUUCUUCACAGCCCAGGCCAACGACUCACAAUCCUCCAUCGGCGUCGCAAAUUCCCGCGACAUCCACCUUCACGAUGACGUCGACAUGAUGGUCCCGCCGAUCGCCCGCCUCCCCCCCGAGAUCCUGAUCGCCAUCUUCGCCAAGCUCAGCGCGACGGCCGAUAUGCUGAGCUGUAUGCUGGUCUGCCGCGGCUGGGCCGCCAACUGCGUCGGCAUCCUCUGGCACCGACCGUCCUGCAACAGCUGGAAGAACAUGGCGAGCAUCACGGCCUCGGUGGGCAAGAUGAACGGCUCCUUCUCCUACGCGGAGCUGAUCCGACGGUUGAACCUCUCGGCCCUGACCGACGACGUCAGCGACGGCACCGUCGUCCCUUUUACCCAGUGCAACCGCAUCGAGCGUCUGACCUUGACCAACUGCUCCAAGCUCACGGAUAAGGGCGUCUCGGAGCUGGUUGAGGGCAAUCGGCACCUGCAGGCCCUCGACGUCUCCGAUCUCCGGUCCCUCACGGAUCACACCCUCUUCACGGUGGCAAAGAACUGCCCGCGGCUCCAGGGGUUGAACAUCACCGGUUGUGUCAACGCCACGGAUGAUUCGCUGGUGACCGUGUCGGAGAACUGUCGACAGAUCAAACGCUUGAAAUUGAACGGCCUGACGCAAGUAACGAACCGGGCGAUCAUGUCCUUCGCGCAACAUUGCCCGGCCAUCCUCGAGAUUGACCUCCACGACUGUAAACUGGUCAAGAACCCGUCGGUCACGGCGCUCAUGGCGACGCUGCAGAAUCUCCGCGAGCUGCGGCUGGCCCACUGCACCGAGAUCGACGAUACGGCCUUCCUCGAUCUCCCCAAGCAUCUCUCGAUGGACAGCCUUCGGAUACUCGAUUUGACGGCGUGUGAGAACAUUCGCGACGACGCCGUCGAGCGGAUUGUCCAGGCAGCGCCCCGCUUACGGAACCUGGUGCUGGCCAAGUGUCGCCUCAUCACCGACCGGGCGGUCUGGGCGAUCUGCAAGCUGGGUAAGAACCUACACUACGUCCAUCUGGGGCACUGCUCCAACAUCACCGACACGGCGGUCAUGCAGCUCGUCAAGUCGUGUAAUCGGAUCCGGUACAUCGAUCUGGCCUGCUGCAACAGUCUGACGGACCGGAGUGUCCAGCAGCUGGCGACGCUACCCAAGUUACGGCGGAUCGGGCUGGUCAAAUGCCAGCUCAUCACCGAUCAGAGCAUCUUGGCGCUGGCGCAGCCCAAGGUCUCCCAUCCGACGGGCGUCAGCAGUCUGGAACGGGUGCAUCUCAGUUAUUGUGUGCAUCUGACGAUGCCGGGCAUCCAUGCCUUGCUCAACCAUUGCCCCCGUUUGACCCAUCUGAGUCUCACGGGCGUCGGGGCCUUCCUCCGGCCCGAGCUCACGGUCUUCUGCCGCGAGGCACCCCCCGAGUUUACGCACCAGCAGCGGGAGGUAUUCUGCGUCUUCAGCGGCGACGGGGUCAACCGGCUGCGUGAUUUCCUCAACGGAGUUAUGGAGCCCCCGCGCGACCUGACCGAGGCGACCAUGUACGACGACGACGAAGAGUUGGAUGAGGAGGAAGGCCAGGUGACGGGCCUGAUGCAUGCGACGGCGAUUAACGAUGACGACUAUAUUGACGUCGGACAUACCCAUGAGUUAUAUACGCAUGGCGUGUCUUGUCUUUUAUGUCCCGUUCCUGUUCUUACUUUCUCUCUUUUUCUCACAUGCAUUGAAUGGAGUUCGGAUUUUAUUGCCAUUCAAAUGAAUUAUGAUCGAGUAUGGUCCUCCCGGGCCAAUCCACUGGCCUUCACCCCAUGGCCGGUCACCCUGAUCACGACACUCGUCUACCUCGCGCUGGUCAUCCCCGUCCUGGUCAUUCACAACGUCGUUCCAACCCCCCCACGGUCGAACCCGAAAGGCCUAGAUAUCGCCGAGGCAUGGGCCGACCUGCAGUACCUAACCAACGGGUUCCACCCGUACAACUCGCACCGCAACGAUGAAGUGCGCGACUACCUCCUCCAGCGCAUCCACAAGAUCGUCGACGACGCCCCCUCCCCAGAGACCUACCGGUCGGCCGGCGACGAAAAGCCCGCCGUCUUCGUCUUCGACGACCUGCGCUCCAACCUGACCUUUGCGGACGGCGCCGCCGGCACCGGCGUCUACUUCGAAGGGACCAACAUCAUCGUCUACGUGCGCGGCACCGACGACGACCGCGAACACUGGUGGGAGGAUGAUAAUACGGAGGACGCCCCCAGCCGCGGUGGCGUCCUGGUCAACGCGCACUACGACAGCGUGUCGACGGGCUUCGGCGCCACCGACGACGGCGUCGGCGUCGUGACCUGCCUGCAGCUGCUGCGGUACUUCACGACGCCGGGCCAUGCGCCGCGCCGCGGUCUCGUCGUGCUACUCAAUAACGGCGAGGAGGACUAUCUGAACGGCGCGCGCGUCUUCAGCCAGCAUCCGAUCUCGCGCCUCCCGCGCACCUUUCUGAACCUUGAGGGUGCCGGCGCGGGAACCCGCGCCAUGCUGUUCCGCACGACGGAUGAGGAGGUCACGCGCCAUUAUCGGAGGGCGCCCCAUCCGUUUGGGUCGGUGUUGAGCGCGAACGGGUUUGAUAUGCGGUUGAUCCGCAGUCAGACGGAUUAUGUCGUUUUCAAUGGGGAUAUGGGCAUGCGCGGGCUCGACGUCGCGUUCCUUGAGCCGCGCUCGCGAUAUCAUACGGAUCAGGACGACGCGCGGCAUACUAGCAAGGGCUCGCUGUGGCAUAUGCUGUCGGCGGCGGUGGGGACCACGCGGGGCCUGGUGUCCGAUCCGAGCGAGCAGUUUGAUCGGCCGGUGCAGGCCGGCGCGCCCGGUUCCAAGGGGGUGUGGUUCGAUCUGUUUGGGAGCGCGUUUGUCGUCUUCCGGCUGCAUACGCUGUUUGCGAUCUCGGUGACGCUGCUCGUCGUGGCGCCGCUGGUGCUGCUCGCGACCGGCGUGGCGCUGACCAGGGCCGACAAGAUGUAUCUGUUUCGGUCGGAGGCGCGGUCGCCGGAUCGCCUCGAGGGCGUCCCGCUGCAGGGCCUGCGGGGGUUCUUCCGGUUCCCGUUCCUGUUGGCCAUCCCGACGGUCGUCACGGUCGGCCUGGCGUACCUGGUGACCAAGAUCAACCCGUACGUCAUCAACAGCAGUGAGUAUGCGGUCUGGAGCAUGAUGGUGGCAGCGUGGGUCUUCCUGGCGUGGUUUGUCUCCCGCGUGGCGGACUUCGCGCGGCCGUCGGCCUUUCACCGCGUCUACACCCUGACCUGGAUGUUUGCGGUGUACUGGGUGCUGCUGGUCGUGAUGACGGUCUACGCGAACCGCGACGGGCUCGCCGGGGGGUACUUUAUCUUCUUCGCGUUUGCGGGGGUGUUUGUGGCGACGUGGAUAGGGUACCUGGAGAUGUUCGCGCUCCCCCGACGGUCCGAAUACGCCAGUCUCAUGCAUCCGCCGUCGCGACACACCAGCACCUACGGCAGCCGGAUCAGCACAGCCGUCUCAGGCGACGACCCGGAGACCGAGCACGACGACAGCGACGAGGAGCAUGUCGUCGAAGAGGAACCGACGGAGUCGACAUCUCUGCUAGGCAGCGGCCCACGGACAACAUUCGCCAACUACGUCCGGGUAGGCCACACAGACAGCCACGGCGACGAGGCGGAGUUAGGCGACCCGCGCAUCUACGGCCACGAGCAGCCCUGGAGCGCAAACCUCCUCCAAUGGAGCUGGGCCGUACAAUUCCUGCUCGUCGCGCCGAUAACACUCAUAAUGGUCGGCCCGCUGUCACUCCUACUCACCAGCGCACUGCACCAGACGGGCCCCGACGGCAGCUCCUCGCUUUUCAUCUACAUCGCGCUCGCCAGUCUGACGACGUUCCUCCUAACCCCGCUCCUCCCCUUCAUCCACCGCUUCACCCACCACAUCCCCGUCUUCCUCCUCGCCGUCUUCGCCGGCACACUGAUCUACAACCUCGUGGCAUUCCCCUUCUCCGACUCCAGCCGCCUUAAGCUCUUCUUCAUACAGGAACUCGACCUCGACACGGGGUCUAACCGCGCUUCCCUAACAGGCGUAGCCCCGUUCGUCCAGCUCGCUGCGAAGGGGCUACCCAGCGUACACAGUUCGCAAAACCUAACCUGCAACCCCGUCGCCAACCGCCUUCAAUGCAGCUGGCCCGGUCCGACCCCUAAUGUCGUCGACACCAACACCCCAAUGCAGGACUGGCUCCACCUCAACAUUACAAAAGACGAUGCAUCAUCGAAAUCGAAAUCAGCACACAUAACCCUCUCAGGCCAAAACACCCGCUCCUGCCGCCUCCUCUUCACCCAGCCUAUCACCUCAUUCAACGUGCACGACUCAGCUACCGACCCAGCCCGCUUCCCGGACGGGAGUAGCAACAGUAGUACGAAAGAAAUCCGCCUGUGGAGCCGCACGUGGAACGCAACGUGGGAGGUAGACGUCUCUUGGGAAAAGAAUGACGGGCCGCUCGAAGGCCGCGCGGUGUGUAUCUGGAGUGAUGGGAAUCAGGAGGGCGCUAUUCCUGCGCUGGAUGAGGUGAGACGGUUUGUGCCGCGCUGGGUGGCGGUUAGUAAGUUGCGGGAUGGGUUGGUUGAGGGGGGGAGGGGGUUUACUUUGACUUGACUUGGGUUGGGUUGAUAUGAGCGGUUUUCUGAUUGAGUUUGUUGCGGUUGUUAUACUGUCAUUGAUAUUGUUGUUGGUUGGUUUAUUGAUAUGGUAUGGUAUGGUUUGGUUGAUAUAGUUGAUAUGAUGGUUUGAUGGUGGAUACUGUGUGUAUGGAUCAGUUUCAUUUAAUCUAUGGAUAGGGUAGCGUUAUUCAUAUUUAUUAUCAACAUUCAUUACUAUU